UGGAAGAUCAAAACAACUGCAUAUCGAAUGAGACGGCGAUUUCAAUAUUAAAUGUCAAGCUUGUCACUUAAAAAAUCGACAAUGGCUGCUAAGGGAAACAGGAAGUUUUCUCCACGAUACAGGAGACCGAAGGAAGCAGAUGAAGCUGAGAGCUGGAGGAGCCCGUUGGGACAGGACAGUGUGAACCAUGAACGCAGUUACAGUCCUAAAACAAAGCGGGGUCACAACAGAAGAGCCAAAGCCUCGCAGUCAUGCAGCUCUCCUGAGGGACGAGCGUUUGGACAAAGUCCUUCUCACAAGGACCGAAUCCAGAAGGGUUCACCUGCUGACCGGAGGAACUGGAGAGAACGACAGCGAGAUGGACAGAAACAUGACAGGCUUGAUCUUGUCUGUCUAUCAGACAGCAUGCAGAGCUGGAGGGAGAAUAGCAGAAUUGUCUCGAUUGAAAGCUGCCUCACUAGACAGGACGUUUUACAGCUGUGCUUGGAAGCAGAAGGCAGUGACUGUGACCCUAAAGAGUCAAGCAUCUGUCUGAAGUUCAAAUGUGAGAAAUGUAAGGUGUACUGUGAAGACAUGUCACCAGCGCUCAAUCACAUCAGAGAAAGAGCCCACAGGAAGAAAGCCAAGGAACUGCAGAAGCUGACGCUGCUGUUGAACAUCCCACCUCCUGGAAAACCCCAGUGUCAUUCAAUCAGCUUGGCUCUGGAAAGUGUGAUCGCUGAGUUCGGUUUAAACGAUCAGGAUUUGAAACAACGGCAAAACGUCCUCACUCUCGUUGAGAAAGUCCUUCAGCCUGUCCUUCCAGGUUGCCAGUUCAGAUUAUAUGGAUCUUCCUGCACCAAGUUUGGCUUCAGAGACUCUGAUGUAAACAUUGAUGUAAAGUUUCCAUCCCAUUUCCAGCAUCCUGAUGUUCUGCUUGUGGCUCAAGAGCAUCUCUCUAAAAGUGCUCUUUUUGUCAGCGUCGAGGGUGACUUCUAUAGGAGGAUGCCUGUAGUUGUGUGCAAAGAGAAAACUAGUGGUCUGAUCUGCAAAGUCAGUGCAGGCAAUGAAAGCGCAUGCUUGACAACAGCAUAUUUGGCUGAGCUGGCGAAUCUAGAACCACAACUUGCUCCGCUGGUCGUAUGCUUUAGAUACUGGGCUAAGGUUUGUUGUGUGGACCAGAUGGAAGAAGGUGGACUUCCAUCCUACUGCUUUGCUCUCAUGGUCAUCAGCUUCCUGCAGCGAUGCAAAGAACCCAUCUUACCUUCAUACCUAGAAUCUGUGGGUUUGCCCAUGAGUAAACUGAAGAGUUUCUCCUUAAUUGGAGUUGAGAAAGGACAUGUGCUUUGGGUCUAUGAUCAAACCUCAAAUGAUUCCUCCCAAGAUAAAGACAAAGCUGUCAAGAAGGGAAAGUGUCCACUGGUUUUCAAAGGCCGUAGCCCUCCUGUACUGCUAGGGAAGCUUUGGGUCGAGUUACUACGAUAUUAUUCACUGGAAUUUCAAAUACCUGAGAAAGUCAUUAGCGUGCGCACAAACAGUGACCUGUUGCGUGAUCUGAAAGACUGGCCCAAAAAGAGGAUUGCAAUAGAAGAUCCUUUCGCCAUCCAGAGGAACGUGGCUCGGACGUUGAAUAGUCAGAUGAUGUUUGACUAUAUGUUGCAUUGCCUCAAAACAACUUACAAGUAUUUUGCUUCUCCUUCAAAAAGCACAGCAGGGAAAGUCAGGUCAAACAGUCAAACUGACAAAUCUGUGAAUGCUGUGAAUCACAUUGAUUCAGUGAAGAGAAGCACAAAAGUGCCAGCUGAGAAUUUGGAAAGAUCUCAUGCGAGAUCCAGUCCGCAUAGUGCAGAAGAGCUGGAGGACUCGGACUGCAUGAUUGAGCUGGAGCAGGACGAGGAGGAAGAAGCUGACUCUGACAUGGAGACUGAGGGUGAAGAUGAAGAUGAUGACAUAGAGCUCAAUGGAUCUGGAUGUGAUCAUUCUGGCGAAGAGAUCUUCCCGUUUGAGCGGGAAAUGAGUGAUGUAGGGUCUGAUGUGGCUGAUCCAGAGGAAGCAGCGUCUAUCCCAGCCAAACCCAAAGCUGAGUUGACCAAAUCUGAAUCUCCUGUAGGAGCUCAGGCAGGCCCUGAAGGAUUUCAGUAUGUCUUCAGCAAGCGCUUUUUCAGUAAUGGCAAGUCCCCUAUUCUGAUAUGCAGCCUUUGUAAGAGUGAUGGACAUUUGAAACAGGACUGUCCCGAGGACUUCAAACGAGUGGAGCUGGAACCCCUUCCACACAUGACUCUAGAUUUCGUCAAACUCCUUAAUGAUGUGUGUGAGCAAUGCUACUGUGACUUUGCGCCAGAUGAUGUGGAGGUGAAUGUCAGAGAACAUAUUUUACAAGAUUUCGAGAAUUUCCUGAGAUGUCAAGUGCCAGGAGCCAAGUUGGUUUUGUUUGGUUCAUCCAAAAAUGGGUUUGGCUUUAAACAGAGUGACUUGGACAUCUGUAUGACUCUAGAAGGCCAGGACACAGCAGAGGGUUUGGACUCCAUGGCUGUUAUAGAGAGUUUGACUAAAGCACUGCGAAAACACCAUGCCCUGAGAAACAUCCUACCUAUUACUUCUGCAAAAGUUCCAAUUGUGAAGUUUUACCACACCAAAACUGGACUAGAGGGAGAUAUAAGCUUGUACAAUACACUGGCUUUGCACAACACUGAGUUACUGGCAUCAUAUGCUGCAAUUGACAUUCGGGUGAAGAUCCUCUGCUACGUCAUGAAAGUGUUCGCAAAAGUGUGUGAUAUUGGAGAUGCGUCACGUGGGAGUCUGUCUUCAUAUGCUUACACUCUAAUGGUGCUGUACUUCCUUCAACAAAGAAGCCCGCCUGUUAUCCCAGUUCUCCAAGAGAUGUAUGUUGGGGAAGAGAAACCAGUUGUCCUUGUUGAUGGCUGGGAUGUACAUUUCUUUAAGGAUUUGAAGAACUUGCAUAAAUACUGGCCGGAGUACAAAAAGAACAAGGAGUCUGUGGGGCAGCUGUGGUUUGGACUGCUGCAGUUUUACACAGAGAUAUUUGACUUCAAGGAGACUGUCAUCUGCAUCCGCAGAAAAGAGCCUCUCACCACCUUCAAGAAGCAAUGGACCUCCAAACAUCUAGCCAUUGAGGAUCCUUUUGAUUUGAGUCAUAAUCUUGGAGCAGGUCUCUCACGAAGAAUGGCGAGUUUCAUCCUGAAGGCCUUCAUCAAUGCCCGCAGCGUUUUUGGCACCCCUGUCAGAGGCUUCCCACCAGAGUAUUCCAAUAAAAUGGAGUAUUUCUUUGACCCAGAGGUGCUGACAGAGGGCAAACUUGCACCCAAUGACCGCUGCUGCCGAAUUUGUGGGAAGAUUGGCCAUUUUAUGAAAGACUGUCCAAUGCGAAGGAGGCAAAGACGUGACAAUGAUGGAUUGUUCAGUGGACGUGAUGUGAACAGACCUGACGGCAGAGUGAUGACGGAUGGCAGCCCUUACACUGACAGACGGCGGCGGCAGAGGGAGGAGAAAUGCUGUUAUCUGUGCGGCUCCAGCGGUCACAUCAAGAAAGACUGCCUGCUGUCCAAAUCCAUAGAAUCCUCCCCAAACACAUACCAAAGAAGCUCUGCGUCAGACAGGGACAGACUAGACAGUCCUCAGCAGGACAGAAAAAAGAAGCGAAAAGCAAAGAGGAUGGUUUUGGGUCCUGAAGCAGGUAGUCUAGCCAGCAGAAAUGCGUCCGUAAAUGCGUCUAUGGAGAAGUGGAGCCCUUUCAACUGAAUCUUCUAAAGUGAGCCGGUUUUGGAUCUACAGCAGCCGGAGCUCAGUAUUAUCAUGAACCCCAGUUUGAACACCUUGAUGAAUGUUCCUUGUAUGGAGGUUGU